AUGGAUUCGCCAGCAGAGGAUGUGGUUGAUUCGCGAUCGAAUGUGGUUGGAAGGAAACGCGCUUUACACACAUCCUCGGACCAAGGUAGAGAAAUCGUCUCAGUUGAUUCUUCUUCUGACGAAUCGCCGGAACAACCUCGAAAGAGGGCAAAGCAAUCCCCUGCGGAAUCUGCCAGAGUUGAGAUCGAUCUCACAUCCUCGCCGUUGCAAAAGGACUCGGCAGCAGGAACUGUUAAGCCUGGAGCAAAUAUUGUACAACCGGUGGCCUGGAACCAAGGCGUACAGAGCGGGUUGCGAACAUCCUUCAAGAGCAAGAAACUGGCGUUGCCCCAGAAUACCCCCCUGAAAGAAACAGAGCAAGACCUAAAUAAUAAUGGACAAGGUCUCGUCAGCCCACAGGGUACCGAAGUUAAUCCUAACACUGUUGAGAAAUCCAAAGGAAGAUCUCAUCAGAAGCCGAUCUUGACCAGAAAACAACUGAGUAAGCUAUCAGAAGAAAGACAGCUGGUCUUGAUGACAGCUUAUACCCAGGAUGUUUCUGCUUUGAUAGAUCUUCAUGGCUGGCCAGUGCCGGAAGCAUCUCAACAGAGCUGCUUGAAGUACAUUGAAGAUGGAUUGACUUUUUAUCCCACUCCAAUAAAGAAGGAUCAGCCUGUAGGAUACUACUCGUUCGGCGGUGGUGAUGUUCAGCUACGAGAAUUGCUUAAUGCGGAAGGCAAACCAAUCAUGAUUGAACAUAUCACUUACUCUGAUGUCCUUUGUGCGCUUGUGGCAAACAACGAGUUCUUCAAAAGUGGGUUGUCAGACAAACGUGCCAAGGCCUCCUUCAAAGCUUAUAUGAGACAUUUCUACAAUCAUGUUCCGCACAGGGAAAUUUUCACAACUUCUCUCGUGGAGAAAGCCCCCUUUUUCAUGGACGUCCUCAAAAACUCUAGACCACCUUCAAAAGGAAAUGUCAAGCCCACGCCUGAAGAACCUUUCAAGAAGAGUGGCGAAUCGAGCAACCAGAAAGUUACCCAAGCCCCAGCAGCUCAAGUCCCCGUGGUCAUCGAUUCUGAACCAAACACUGCUCCGGCCAAAACUUUCAGCAGAGCUGCUCCACCCGACUUGACCCGAGCGCUUGAUCAUUAUGACGCGAAUGCCGCUCCUGCAAUUACCAAUAAAGAUGUAGUCGAAGAUGAUGCAUUAGCCACCAAUCCUACAACAGAAUCCAAUGGCAAGUUGACCGCGCGAAUUUCUCCGACUCUGGUUACGGACAUUAUCGACCCGACCCGAGAUCGCAGGAUUCUUACCGAAGCUGAUACAGUUCAGAUGGAUCAUGGCUCCUCUGGCUCUAUAGUUGAAAGUGAUAUGGAGCCCCCUCUAGUCGAUCCUGCCGUUGAGAUUGAUGAUGACCAGGACUCUAGUGCCUCGCGCGAAAAAGUUUCAAGUCCAAAGCCAACUCCAGAAGACCGUGCUGCAAUUCUGAAAUACUUUCCAACCAGUGAUGGCACCAUUCUCAGAAGAUGCUUGGUCUGCGGCUCUAGUGGACACGAUCGAGCUCUAUGCCCUGACAGCGCGUGUUCUUCUUGUGGCAGCACGGGUGAUCAUCUGACUCCAGCUUGCCCCCGUACUUCAGUCUGUGGUAAGUGUCGUGGAGUGGAUCAUCAGACGUCGCAUUGCCCCGAGAAACUGCGUGCUGCCAAGGAAGAUACCAAAUGUAUAAUGUGUCAAUCUCCAAGCCAUCUUGAAAAUCAAUGCCAUUUAAUUUGGAGAAGUUUUCUUCCUGGCAUCGAGGAAAUCAAGAAGGUCCGAAACAUAUCAGUAUAUUGCUACUUUUGUGGUCGUGCAGGUCACUUUGGCCCUGAAUGUGGACUAUAUCGUGGAGAACCCGCUUCUGGUGGAGUAUCUUGGUCAAGUAGUAACUUGGAAAAGUAUCUCGAUGAUGCUACUAGUCAUGAUUCUACGUCUUUAGGGGGUAGUGAUCAUUCAAUUCCUAGUCGUGCAAAGAAGGGCUUCAGCAUCAAAGGAAAAGCCAAUGAUCCUAUCGAGCUAGACGAUAGUGAUGAUGACGAAGAUUUCAUCCAUCCGAGAGUCAACAUGGGUUCCAAAAACAGUCAAAUUCAAUUCUCUCAAGUUGGCGCAAUGCAAUCUUUCAAUCAAGAGCCCCCUUUCCAGUUCCAGGGUACUCGUGGCAACCCAAAUAGUAAGGCAUCUGGUGGAAACCGAGGUGGUCGUGGCGGCCGUGGAGGCGGUGGUAGUAGUGGUAGUAGUGGAGAGAAAAAGAAGCCGAAGCAAAAAUUUGGAAAUACCCCUCCUAGAGGUGGUGGUUCAGACCGUAAAAAAGCCUACCGCGGUAGAGGUGGAGGCGGACCUGCUCGAGGAGCUCCACGUGGUCGCCGCUGA